AUGAGCAUCGAAUCCAAGAAGCGAGGUAUUUUGAUAAUCCUCAACGAAGCCCAAAUGGGGGUGAGAUGUACCAGCCAAAUGUUCGCCUUCCCACACGAGGAAGGGUUCGUAUCCGAUGUCCUCUGUCUGUCGAAGACGCUCGGUUGCGGCUUGCCAUUAUCAUCCAUUAGCACGACUGCAGAGAUUGAACAUGGUGCUAACGCCGCUGGGUUCAUGUGGUUGACCACCCAUACCAAUGACCCCUUUCCCGCGGCAAAUGGCGACAGGGUUCUGGAAAUCGUGGAGCGCUAUGGGAUUUGCGAGCGCGCUGCAGAACAUAGCGAGCAGCUAUUUCAGGGUCUGCUUCGUCUCCAAAAGAAAUAUUGGUGUAUUGGCGAUGUGCGAGGGCGUGGACUGUUGCAAGUUGUCGAGAGUAUUUCAGAUGUUGAGACAAAGGCAUCCGGCUCUGCACUGGGACAGGCUGUUUCAGAGAGGGCCCUAAGCAAGGGACUAUCGUGCAAUAUUAUCACCUAUCCCGGAAUGGGCGAUGUCUUCCGUUUGGCAACCCCCAGUCACGGUGACCGCUACCGAAAUCGACGAGGGACUCGAAAUUCUUGA